AUGUUCAUUUUCCUUUCCCACCCCUUGACUUUCUUCUACUUUGAUGGACCUUCCCUCUUCUACCCCUCGACUUUCUGCUACUUUGAUGCACCUUCCCUCAACCCUUGGACUUUCUGCUACUUUGAUGAACCUUCCUUCUGUGAAGGCCCCUCGGCUUUCUGCUACUUUGAUGAACCUUCCCACUGUAAACCCUUCUUUUACAUCUGUGAAUCGCUCUUCUGUUCCCCACCCCUCAUCUUACAUCUGUGA